AUGUCUCUUUUCCACAUCUCUUCUCCCGGAGACUUCGCUCCGUUCUUCAGUCUCUUGGACAACCGCGACCUCCACCGCACCAACCGCGGUCAAUUCUCCUCUCUCCGCUCGUUUUCCCCUCGCUUCGACUUCCGUGAGAGCGACGACGCCUACUACCUUGACGGCGAACUGCCCGGCAUCUCUCAGGAGAACAUCGACAUUGAAUUCUCCGACCACCAAACCCUGGUGAUCAAGGGCCGCUCUGAGCGCGAAUUCCACGACUCCAACGACACUCCCCAGGACCAGGCAGGCCAGAAAGGCCAGGACAAGACCGACGAUGUCGCCAAAACCGGCGAGCAGUCUGUCGUCAAGUCCAAGAAGAACAACAAGCACCGCUACUGGGUGAGCGAGCGCUCUGUCGGCGAAUUCCACCGCGCUUUCUCGUUCCCUGGCCGUGUCGACCAGAACAACGUCCGGGCCAGCUUGAAGAAUGGUAUCCUCUCAGUGGUGGUGCCUAAAGACGCUGUCUCAGGAACCAAGAAAAUCACCAUUCAGUAA